CUUUUAUCAGUCAUUUCUAACUACUGUAUUAUACUGAUAAUGGUACGUACUAAUGAAGGAUGAAAGUGCGUGUGGUGGUACUACCUGGUGGGCACGGCGGGGCAGAAGGUGAUGGUGUAGUCGGUGCUGCCGGCGGCGCAGGUGAAUGUGGAGGUGGCGUCGUCGUACGCGUAGCUGUAGGCGCGCGGGCACGCGGUCUUGAAGAACUCGGAGUAGGCCGACGGGCGGCACGCGGUGGGGGUGCCGUACGCGCCGCUGCAGCAGUACUGCGCGUCCCCGAAGGCGUCGCACGCGCUCCGGCACGCCACGGGCCCGUCCGCCGCGGCCUCCACCCGCAGGCCCGCCGGGCACGCGGAGUUCAGCUCCGCGGCGCACCCCGUCGGCGCGCACUUGCCGCCGGCUGCCGUGGUGGAGGCGCUGCUGGGCGCGACGAUCAUGGGCAGGUUGUACCCGUCCACGAGGCUGACGUCGUAGAAGUCCAGCCCGCCGCUGCCGUCCAGCGUGAACUCCGCCAGCGUCGCGGGCGGGGCGGCGCCGCCGCCGCUGCACUGCACGUCGCCGGACCCGCAGUCCCCCGUGGCGCACGCGAACCGCCCCGUGGCGGCGUCGGCGGCGCAGAGCGUGCGGCCCCAGAGGCGGCCCGACCACCCCGCGGGCGCCGCCACGGCACGGGACUCCGAAGGCGCCAGCGCGAACCCCGUGGUGGGCAGCGGCGCGGAGCCCGCGCUGGACAGCAGCCCCGGCCACACCGUGUAGCCGCAGUUGUUCGCGAUGGUGAACGUCGCCGACCGCGCGCCGCGCAGCUGCAGGACCAGCAAGAGCGCCGCGAAUGCCCGGCGCCAAGAAGGCACGGCUGCCGUCGCCGCCAUUUCGCUUGUGGAAUGCUGAUGCGUGCUUGCAGCUGGAGACCCUGGCAGCAGCGUGCUUGGGAAAUCCAGCCGAUGGAUGGAUGACGGUGCUAGGAUGG